CGGGACGGAGUUUGGAAGUGAAGCAUGACAACAAAAUGCCUAAGAUGGGGGAUCUGUGGUGCAGGGAAGAUCUCCAACGACUUCUGCUCUGCCAUGACAACCCUACCAGACGGAGAACAUGAGAUUGUGGCAGUGGCAGCCAGGAAGCAGGAGAGUGCCAAGGACUUCGGGGACAAGUUUGGAGCAAAGAUUGCAUAUGGUUCUUAUGAAGCCUUAUCAAAGGAUCCCAAUGUUGAUAUUGUCUACAUCGGCACCAUCCACAUCAAUCACAUGGAGUUAAGUAUGAUGAUGUUGAAUGCUGGGAAACACGUCUUGUGUGAGAAGCCAAUGGCCUUGAAUUUGAGACAGGUCAACAGUGUUCUACAACUAGCCAAACAAAAAAAUCUCUUCUUCAUGGAGGCUACAUGGAGUAGAUUUUUUCCCAUUUAUGAGAAGAUCAAAGCAGAAAUUGCAUCUGGUAGCCUAGGUGAUGUAGAGUUGGUGACGGCCAAAUUUGCCAUUCCUAUCAAAGAUGUUCCAAGAAUUAAGGAGAAGGCACUUGGUGGAGGUUGUAUGUUGGACAUUGGCAUUUACACAGUCCAGCUGGCCUGUAUGGUGUUUGAUGAAAUGCCAGAGAAAAUCGUCGCAGAGGGAGUGCUUAAUGAACAGGGAGUGGACGAAGGAGCCUGUAUCAUCCUUAAGUAUAAGGGGGGUAGAAUGGCUAAUCUAGCUUACUCUAGUCGUACGUGUGUGAUCCAGUGUGCUGCCAGUAUCCAUGGAACUAAAGCAAACAUUGAGAUACCUGACCGCUUUUGGUGUCCGGAGAAGGCCAUUUUACCAACAGGUGUGAUUACCAAUGAAGUUCCUGAGGGGCGCCAUGCAUAUAACUUUUCCAACAGUGGAGGAAUGAGAUACGAGGCAGACCAUGCUCGCAGGGCCAUUCUAGAAGGUAAACUGGAAUGUGCCGGGAUGCCUCAUCGCCAUAGUGAAAUGGUCAUGACGAUUAGUGAUGAAGUCCGAAAACAACUGGGUGUUGUCUAUGAUGUUGACUAGAAUUAAGUUGUCUUCCUUUGACAGUUACUACGGUGCUAUGUUUUUCCUUUGAAAAACAGCUUUACUACAUUAUUCAAUAAACAUACAUAUAAAGGAAUACAUAAAAUGAUUUUAGAAUCUGCAUUUUUGUUAAAUGUAAAAUAUAUACAAUUUUAUAAUUCCAAAGUUGUUAUAUGAUCUCUCCUUUUGAUAAGUAAUUCUACCUUUAUAUUAUGUUGAUUUUUAAGUUGAUGAA